CUUUUUGCUGCAGAGGCCGGUGAUGGAAUUUCAAUCUGACUUAUUUCAAUUUAAAAGCCCUCAUGUCGCUGUCAAUGUGAUCGGACUGACUUAUGCUCGAUCUUUUUACCUGUAGAUUGUUUUAUUCUUACUUUCUUUGAUAUCGUCUGUCAUAUCACUUUCAUAUUCGUUCAUUUCAUACUGCCUAAAACCCUUCGCCUGCUGCUUAUCACGACACCAGCCAACUGCAAAACAAGAUUUGGGCUAGCAUACCAUGGAUCUGAUUGUCCGAGAUGCCUCAGCCGCUGAUGCGUCAGAGGCGUCUGCUUUCAAGGCCUACCACUAUGAUCCGACUAUAGCCGGUGCCGUUGUUUUCGUUUUACUCUUUCUCGCGACCACCAUCCUUCACUUCUGGCAACUAGUACGAUCACGUUGCUGGUUUAUGAUUCCUCUCGCAGUUGGAGGUAUUUUGCAAGUAAUUGGCUAUGCAGCCAGAGCGAAGUCCGGCCAGGAGAGUCCAAACUGGACCCUCGGUCCUUACAUCAUCCAGUCGAUUCUUCUUCUCGUCGCCCCAGGUUUAUAUGCAGCAACAGUGUAUAUGGAGCUAGGCAGAAUCAUCAUUGUCCUCGACGGAGAAGGGCGUUGUCUGAUCCGAAAAGCGUGGCUUACCAAAGUUUUCGUCACGGGUGACGUAUUGUCCUUUCUCCUCCAAGCCGGAGGUGGUGGAUACCAAUCUUCGGGAACUUUGGAAGCCCUCAAGGCCGGCGCCAAUAUCAUUAUCGUUGGCCUUUUCAUACAGCUCAUCUUUUUUGGCUUUUUCGUGGUGGUUGCUGUAGCUUUCCAUCGCGCUAUCAACAAGGCGCCGACCGGACGCUCGAACGGCAGCAUUCCUUGGAGGAAGCAUAUGACUGCUUUGUACUUGGGAAGCUUCCUGAUCAUGGUGCGUUCUGUCUUUCGAGCGGCCGAGUAUCUCCAGGGAUCUGACGGGUCCCUUCUUAAACACGAGGGGUAUCUCUAUAUAUUUGACGCCUUGUUGAUGUUUUUGGUCAUGGUGCUAUUCAACUGGAUCCAUCCAGCUGAGAUUGGCGCGAUAUUGGCUGGAGGAGGCGGUGUUCAACAUUGGAAGAUGGAUCCUUUGUCUUCACAUGAUCAUCACCAGCGUGUUUGAACAAAGAAUGGGCUUAGGUCUUGCGACUCUGAGGGCUCUGAGUAAGUAAUGCAUACUCGGGAGUAGAAAAGGGGGGUCGUGUCUGUACAAGAUGGACGGAUAGAAUUGGAGGCCGGCUGCCGCAUAUCCCUGCUUCAGUCCCGCUCUAUCCAUAACUGUAUCGGCCAGGUUAUUCAUUGUCUCUAGUAGUCUCCCAGAAGGUCAUUGACCACCUCAACGAUGUCUUUUCCCCAACCCACGAACGAGCAAUAGUCGUCAAGAGCAUGCAUACAAGUCUUAGAAUAGGCCAAUAAAAUCAGCGCUAGAGGUUGUCGCUAG